GGGUGGCUAACUUUCUUGGUCAGAGAAAGAAGCGGGCGGCAAUGUUCCGUCUUGAGGAUAUGAUUCAUGAUCCAUGACCAGAUUGACCCUCCGUUCUCGCCUUGGUCUUCUUCACUUUCGGUGACAUGGUGUCUUCUCUCCUCGGGCUUGAGCAUUCACCAUAAAAUCAAAUUAAUGACGGUCUGGUGGAUCGGAUCUCUAGAUACCCAGUACCGCUCUUCUCCUUCUCUCUGUUGCUCGAGUCCGAGUCUCCCCUGUCUUCCACGGCCCGGUCAAAUCUUGAACAUCACUUAAGGCCUUCAUAUUCAGAUCUGUACCUCUUACCGAGAGAACAGCACCCUGGAUCCCAACAACAACAACAACAACAACAACAAAAACAGAAAGAAAGGCAAAAGAAAAUAAGGGGUAGAGAAGAAAAGUUUCAGCCAAAUGGCGGUCGAUACGAGCUCGGCGCUCUUUGCGCCAACGGGCAAUGACAACAUUGCCCCGACCCCCUUUUACGUCCUGAACUGGGUCUUCUUCGUGCUCUGCGUGGUGGCCUUCGUGAUGCGGGCCUACGUCCGGUACCUCUGCUUCCGGAGGCUGGUGCUCGAGGACUACCUGAUGCUGGUGGCGCUGGUGCUGCACUGUGCCGAGGCGGUCCUGGUGCAGCUCUACGUCGGGUACAUGUACGACGUCGAGGCGGUCGAGAAGGGCGACUUCUCCGUCAUGGGCCCGGACUUUUUCCCGAACUCCAAGAAGGGGUUCGCCGCCCUGGGCGCCAGCGUCAACAUCACCAUCGUCGGCGUGCUCAUCAUCAAGCUCAACUUCCUCAUCUUCUUCAAGCGCCUCGGCACCUGCAUCCGCAAGUUCAACAUUGCCUGGUGGGCCGUCACCUUCUUCACCGUCGCCAGCGCCAUCACCCAGAUCGGCAUGCAGACCUUUGGCUGCUUCUUUGGCAGCACCGACUACAUCUUUAGCGAGCACUGCGCCGCCGAGCCCGCCCUGACGCGCAUCUUUGCCAACGCCAUCUAUUCGGCCGUCGUUGAUGCCGUGUCCGACGUGCUAAUCGUGUGCUUGCCCGUCUGGAUCCUCUGGGGUAGCGGCAUCACACUGCGCAAAAAGCUCGCCCUGACGUUCGUCUUCAGUCUCGUGUGGCUCACCAUCGCCAUCACGAUCGUGCGGGGCAGCAUCUUCCACAAGCAGUACAGCAUGGCGGCAUCGGGCGAGGGCUCGCAGAUGCAGAGCGCCACCUUCACCUGGUUCUGGUUCUACACCGAGUUCAGCGUGGCCUUCCUGAUCGCCUGCUUCGUCUCCUUCCGCUCCCUCUUCGUGCAGCGGUCCAAGCAGGCGAGCACGCCCCGCCAGCAGCAGGAGUUGCGCGAGAAGGCCUACCAGAGCGCCCUCCGCCGCCGCGCCGACCGCAGCUGGCGCGCCCGGUGGCACUACCUGCACGAGAGCCUGCUCGACAUGUGCAGGACCCUCGAGGGCUGGUCCGGCAGCGACGACGAGACGCUCCGCAGCCGCGGCUGGUUGCCCCACGUGCCGUCGGGCCUCAUGACGGUCGACUUUCAGGACGACGACAACUGGAUGAGGAAGAGGAACUUGAACAACACCGCUAUUAAGUCUACGGACAAGAAUAACAACAACAACGACAACAACAACAACAACAACAACAACAAGACCGACGACAACAACGGCAAGGCCGCGCAGGACACAAUAAUCAAGACGGUCACGACGACCAUGACGACGACGACGACCAUGAGCACGCUCCGGGAGGAAGAAGAAGGGGUAGCAGUAGAGUCGCCGUACGACCCGUACCAGGAGAACCCUCCGCGGUACGAUCUUGAGCAGCAGCAGCAGCAGCAGCAGCAGCAGCAGCGGUAUCUCCGGUACGGCCUGUAUCCCCAGCAUCAGCAGUACUCAUAUCCCCGGCAACAACAACCCCAGUAUUAUGCGCAGCACCCGCAGCACCCGCAGCACCCGCAGCACCCGCAGCAGCAGCAGGAGCAGCAGCAGCAACAGCAACAGUAUACUAUGGAUACGCGCCCAGGGUCGCUGCACAGCGAGGAGAUGCUGCUGCAGGAGCCCGAGCCAGCCCACGUCAGGCGGGGGGGUCUGGGGCCCGUGGGGAUGGCGCGGUAGCUUUAUUAUGCUUUGUGACCUGUUUUGCGUUUUGUUUUAUUUGUCCUUUUCCUGCUAUUUUCUUCUUCUUCUUCAUUUUUUUCUCUCAUUGAUGUGACAGGACAUUCUGUUGGGGAAUGGGCGAUGCAAUGGCAGCAUGGGGAACGGCGGAUUGGGCUUGUGGGCGUGGUUUGGUUUGGCGUGGCGUAGGGUGCUGAAUUCAUGAAUUAUUACUAGGUAUCAAUCAUCACUUGCUCGGUGUUGUCGCAGCUUUUUUCCAGGCCCCUUUGUUCAUGUGGUGGAUAUCGAUUUCG